AUGCAGAUCUUACGCAUCAAAUUGAGUAAUGUGCACUGUCAGGAAUGUCAGGCAACCAUUAAUAAGGCUAUUGCACGGUUUUACAAGACAAACGAGAUUACAACUGAUACAGUUUCUGAGCUGAAUAUCGGAGAGUUAGCAGGUGGAGAAAUCUUCUUCUAUUUAAAAGAUGCAGAUAUGGCACUAUUUGGAGGUAAUGAUGUCGAUUUCAAUCAUUCAUUGAAAAAGAUCAUCAAGCAAUUGGAGAAGUCUGGGUUUGGCGUUUUGAAAUGGGAUCUCGUUAACGAAGAUAGUGAGCGAUACUCAUCGGAUGAUUUUCAUGAUGUUGAAGCUGGGUCCGGUGAAGCCCCUCACCAUGAUGGUUUUUUUGAUAUUUGGGGCAUUUUUGAGAAAUAUAGGGCAUCCAAAUCAGCCAAAAAGCACUUGAAAUACUGCACAGUGUGCCAAAACAACAAGACCGGUAAAAUUAAUGAGACCAGCGAUUCCUCAUCCGUUGAAACAAAAGUUGAAGUAUCCCAGCCAGAAUUCAGGGCUUCAUUCACAAUCACUGGAAUGACAUGCUCCUCCUGUGUUCACACAGUAGAGGAUGCACUAAAGGGGUUACUCGGAGGAAACAAGGAUGCAGAUGCAGCCACUGAAGAACCCAAUUUUUCGGUGAACUUGCUUCAACAAGCAAUAGUUGCCAUAAUUAAGAAUAAACAACUAAUCAAUCAAAUCAUUGAUCGCGUUAACGACUUGGGGUUUGAAUGCAAGCUUAUCGAAGUUUUACCCGUUCACAGAUCAAUAAAUACAAAAAUUACUGCAUUAAUUGGAGGCAUGACGUGUGCUGCUUGUGCAAACUCGAUUGAAGCAGCAGUAAAGAGCUUACCUUUUAUCUUAGAGAGUGGUAUCAAUGUGGUGACCAAAAAUGCACAAUUUGUACUUGAGGACGAUGCACGGCAUGAAAACUUGCAAAAGUUGAAGGAAGCAGUCGAGGACUGUGGGUUUGAUUUUGAAGUUAUCACCAAUGAAAAAAUCAAUUACACCUCCGCAAGAAAGAAACCGAGAAUAAUUAACAUUAAAGUUGAGGGGAUGUUUUGCAACCAUUGCCCAGAAAUAAUAAUGAAGUAUCUAUUACACUACGGUGAUGCUGUUGUCAUUGACGAUCCUAUCACAUUAAAGCAUCCAGUGAUUAAAUUUACGUACGUCCCUAGUCGUAAUGUGACUGCGCGCCAAAUUGUCUGGGACUUGAAUCACUUGAGGGAUGAUGGAAGGGGUGAUUUUGCAAUUGACGAAGACCGUGGGUCGUUUACGUGCGAAUUGGUGAAGCCAGUCUCGGUAGAUGAGCAUAUAAAGAAGUUGGCUAAAAGCGAAGUAAUGAAUCUUGCUUUGCGUUUCAUUUUGGCGACAGUGUUUGCCAUACCUACGUUUAUUUUUGGUAUUGUUGCUAUGUCGUUGCUCUCAAAAAAUCAUCCAUUCAGGGUAUGGGUAGAGGAUCCAAUCUGGGUUGGCAAUGCGUCUCGCGCCAGUUGGAUCUUGCUCAUAUUGUCAACUCCGGUAUAUCUUUUUGCGGCCGACACAUUCCACCGCAAGGCAUUCAAGGAAAUCAAAUCAUUGUGGCUUCAUAAAAACUCAUUCAAAAGUCGCUUGCUCAAGUUUGGGUCGAUGAAUUUGUUGAUGAGCUUGGGAACUACAGUCGCAUACUUUGCUAGUAUUGCUUUGUUAGCAUUGAGUGCAAACCAGGAAGCCAAAACUCACAUGGGGUUUCAUACAACGUACUUUGACUCGGUUGUUUUUCUAACGUUUUUCCUAUUGAUUGGUAAAUUGUUGCAAAGCUAUUCCAAAAGCAAAACAGCUGAUGCGAUUUCCAAAUUAGCAGCAUUAAAACAAAAUACAGCAGUAGUAGUGGACGAAGUCGACGGACAUUUUGAAAAUGAUCAAGUUGUGGAUUUGGAGUUAUUGGAGAUUGGAGAUUACAUCAAGAUCGGUUCCGGAGAAUCGCCACCGGUAGAUUGCGUAAUAAUAGACGGCGAGUCGAACUUUGACGAAAGUGCAUUGACUGGUGAGUCGACACCGGUGAAGCAUAUUGAAGGUCACCAAAUCUUUUCUGGAACUGUAAAUAUUGGAAACCACUCUAUCAUUACCAAGGUGACUAGUUUGGAAGGCGAUUCUCUAUUGAGUCAAAUUAUCAACACUGUUAGGGACGGUCAGCUAAAGAAAGCUCCUAUGGAAAGAACUGCCGACCUCAUUACUGGUUACUUUGUUCCAAUAAUCAUUGUUAUUGCUAUUACCACCUGGAUUAUAUGGCUCAGUUUAGGGUUUUCAGGCGCUUUACCCGAGAGCUAUCUUGAUAUUGACAUUGGUGGAUGGACAGUAUGGUCUUUGGAAUUUGCCAUUGCUGUGUUUGUUGUUGCAUGUCCAUGUGGUAUUGGUUUAGCAGCACCCACAGCACUCUUUGUUGGUUCUGGCUUAGCUGCCAAGUAUGGAAUUUUGGCCAAAGGAGGUGGAGCUGCCUUCCAAGAUGGCGCAACAACCAAUAUUGUGUGUUUUGAUAAAACGGGGACAUUGACUAAAGGAGAGUUGACAGUAACAAAUUACUCUUUUGUUGUAAAGGACCUGGCCGUGAAACAAUUUUCUUUGCAAAUUGCAAGAGAUUUGGAAGUUGCAUCAUCCCACCCAUUGGCAAAAGCUAUCAGGGUGUUUACAGAGUACUUGAGUCGUGACAAAGAUAUACCUUUGGUGGCGAACAAAAUUCCUCAGGUUGAAACUGUUAAUGGACGUGGUUUGAAGGGGGAAAUUGUUUACAACGCUGCUGAGGAACAGAAUGAUUGGAAUAAAUACCACCCAGUUGAAGCUAUCCUUGGUAAUGAAAAACUAUUCACAGAGAAUGGGGUUAAAAUCAGCGAGGAACAACAAAGUCUUUUAACCAGGUGGAAAACAGAAUGUAAGUCGGUGAUGUUGGUUGGUUUAAAAUGCCCUACCUUAUUCAGCAAUGAUCAGUUUCAGUUGAUAUUCAUGAUGGCUGCCAGAGAUCAACUCAGACCCGAAACCAAAAAAGUCAUUGAGUUUUUCAACACUAGAAAGAUAGAGACAUGGAUGAUCACCGGAGAUAAUUCUCUCACCGCAAAUGCCAUAGCAAAAGAAAUCGGUAUAACCAAUGUUGUUAGUGAGGUAUUGCCGGAUGAAAAAGAAGCCCAAAUUAAACGUAUUCGCCAAUUAAAGCAAGAUAAUAGUACCAAAUCCAAAUGUGUUAUUGCCAUGGUAGGAGAUGGGAUCAACGACGCUCCAGCACUUGCGGCUGCGGAUGUUGGGAUCGCAUUAAGUUCAGGCGCUGAUCUUGCCGUCACUUCGAGUGAUUUCAUUUUGUUAAAUAAGCUACACCCUUUGAUCUCCUUGGUUACCUUGGUUGAUUUGUCACGAGUAGUUUUCCGUCGUGUCAAGUUUAAUUUUGCAUGGAGUUUGAUCUAUAAUAUGAUUGGGUUACCCAUUGCUGCUGGUGUGAUUUAUCCGUACAAUAAUUCUCGAUUGGACCCAGUAUGGGCGAGUGCAGCUAUGGCAUUAAGUUCAGUGAGUGUUGUGUUGAGUAGUUUGGCAUUGAGGUUCUACAAGCCUAAGUUGUACGCUAGCAAUUUUAAUUUAGAAGAAGGUGAAGAAAUUCAAUCUGAAGAGGAUUGA